AUGGCAUGCCUCUCAAGAAUUGAUGCAAAUUUGCUCCAGUAUUAUGAAAAAGCUGAACCCAAUAAUACGGUUGAUUUAUACAUCAGUAAUAACGGUAAUAAUAACGACCUGAAAGGAGGAGAUAGGUCCAGCUCUACACCAGUUUCUAAGCCUUAUGGAAGUGAAUAUUCUAAUUGUUUACUAUUGAGUAACUCCGAAUAUAUCUGCUACCAUUUUUCCUCAAGAUCAACAUUGUUGACAUUUUAUCCUUUGAGUGACGCAUACCAUGGGAAGACCAUUAAUAUACAUUUACCGAAUGCUUCUAUGAACCAGAGACACACUUUAACGAUAAAAGAGGUGGAACAGCAAUUGCUGGUUAAUAUAAUCUUAAAGGAUGGUUCGUUCCUGACAUUACGACUACCCCUAAGUUUCCUGUUUUCAUCGGGCAACACUCUCAACGGAGAGUGGUUUCAUAUCCAAAACCCCUAUGACUUUACAGUUAGAGUUCCUCAUUUCCUUUUUCAUGUGUCACCCAAGUUCUCGGUUGUUUUUUUGGAGGAUGGUGGUUUGUUGGGUUUAAAAAAUAUUGAUGGCUUACAUUACGAACCUUUACUGUUUAAUGAUAAUUCAUAUUUGAAAAGUUUAACAAGAUUCUUUUCUAAAAAUUCUAAAUCCGAUUAUGAUAGCGUGAUUAGUUGCAAAUUAUUCCAUGAGAGGUAUUUAAUUGUGUUGACCCAGAAUUGCCAUUUGAAAAUUUGGGAUUUAACUUCAUUUACUUUGAUACAAGAUUAUGAUAUAGUUUCACAACCAGGUUCAGACCCAAGCCAUUUCAGAAAAGUGGAAGCUGUAGGAGAAUACCUUUCCUUGUACAACAAUACCUUAGUUACACUGUUGCCCUUAGAAAAUGGGCUUUUUCAAAUGGGUACUCUAUUGGUUGAUUCAAGCGGUAUUUUGACUUAUACUUUCCGAAAUAACAUCCCCACUAAUCUUUCUGCUUCUGCCAUUUGGUCAAUUGUAGAUUUAGUUCUAACGAGACCAUUGGAGUUAAAUGUCGAGGCUAGUUAUCUAAACUUGAUCGUUUUAUGGAAAAGUGGUACUGCUAGCAAAUUACAGAUACUAAAUGUGAAAGAUGAAAGUUUAAAAAAUUACGAAUGGAUAGAAUCUAUCAACAAAUCCUUAGUAGAUUUGCAGUCCGAACAUGAUUUGGAUAUCGUUACGAAGACUGGAGAUAUUGAAAGAGGUUUCUGUAAUUUGAAAUCAAGAUAUGGUACCCAAAUUUUUGAACGUGCACAACAGAUAUUGAGUGAAAAUAAGAUCAUUAUGGCUCAUGAUGAAGAUGAGGAAUAUUUGGCUAAUUUAGAAACAAUAUUGAGAGACGUAAAAACUGCAUUCAAUGAAGCUUCUUCCAUAACUCUUUAUGGAGAUGAAAUUAUUCUCAUUAAUUGUUUCCAACCGUAUAAUCAUUCCCUUUACAAACUGAAUACUACUGUGGAAAAUUGGUUUUAUAAUAUGCAUUCUGAAACAGAUGGUUCUGAAUUGUUCAAGUAUUUAAGGACAUUGAAUGGUUUUGCUUCUACUUUGUCAAAUGAUGUUCUUAGAUCCAUUUCUAAGAAAUUUCUUGAUAUAAUAACCGGGGAGUUACCUGAUUCUAUGACUAACGUGGAAAAGUUUACGGACAUCUUCAAAAGCUGCUUAGAAAACCAAUUUGAAAUCACCAAUCUAAAGAUUCUUUUCGAUGAACUGAACUCCUUCGAUAUCCUAGUAGUUUUAAAUGAUCUAAUCAAUAACCAAAUGAAGCCCGGUAUAUUUUGGAAGAAGGAUUUCAUUUCUUCAACCAAAUUCGAUGGUUUUACAAGUAUAAUUUCCCUAGAAUCUCUUCACCAGUUACUCUCCAUACAUUAUCGUAUUACUUUACAAGUAUUGUUAACAUUUGUUCUGUUCGAUCUCGAUACCAACGUUUUUGGACAGCAUAUAUCCACACUAUUGGAUUUGCAUUAUAAGCAAUCUUUAUUGUUAAACUUUUAUAGGCAAGAUAAGUGUCUGUUGGCGGAAGUUCUUCUCAAAGAUUCUUCCGAAUACUCCUUCGGUGUCAAAUUUUUUAACUACGGCCAACUCAUUGCCUAUGUUGAUUCUUUGAAUUUCAAUGUCUACAAUGCUUCCAUCACAGAAAACUCUUUCUUUAUGACAUUUUUCCGAUCAUAUAUUAUUGAAGAUACAUCUCAUAAGAAUAUAAGGUUCUUUCUUGAGAAUGUUGAGCGUCCGUUUUACUUACGUCACAAUGAGGUGCAAGAAUUUAUGUUUGCUAUGACCUUAUUCAGUUGUGGUAAAUUCGAUCAAUCUUAUGAGAUAUUUCAAUUACACGAUUAUCCCGAGGUUAUCAAUGACACAUUGCCGACAUUCUUAGAGGACCUUAAGAGUAAAGAUUACCAUGGUGAUAGUAUAUGGAAGGACCUUUUGCUCACUUUUACGGUUCCAUAUAGGCAUUCCGCAUUCUAUUAUCAAUUAUCUCUCUUAUUUGAUAGAAAUAACAGCCAGGAGUUUGCUUUGAAAUGUAUAUCGAAGUCAGCAGAAUAUUCAUUGAAAGAAAUCCAUAUAGAGGAACCAAAAGACUUUAAAGAAAGGCAGCAUAUUCAUUAUUUAAAUCUUUUAAUCCAUUUCAGAAUGUUUGCAGAAGUCUUGGACGUUUUGAGAUUGGGUCACGAGUGUCUUUCUGAUACAAUCAGAACAAAAUUCUUCCAACUAUUAUUACAGAAAGAUGUAUAUUCACGAGAUUUUUUCAGCACGCUUCUACGCUUGUGUAAUGAACAUUCAGAUAAUGGCGAACUGUACCUCCGUACAAUAGACAUCAAAAUAGUGGAUAGUAUCCUGUCACAAAAUCUGCAGAGUGGCAAUUGGGAGUGUUUUAAGAAGCUUUACUGCUUUAGAAUGCUAAACAAAGGCGAGAGAGCGGCUGCAGAAGUGCUAUACCAGUACAUAUUAAUGCAAGCUGAUCCUAAUGUUAUUCAAAAGAAAAAAUGUUAUCUAAUGGUUAUCAACGUUUUAUCUAGCUUUGAUAGUACAUACGACCAAUGGAUCUUAAACGGUAGUAAAGUGGUUACUUUAACUGAUUUGAGGGACGAAUUACGAGGUCUAUAA